AUAAUCUCCCUCCACUCACAAAAAUAGAAAAAAUAACUUUUCGCCACCAAAAAAAAAAGAUAAUUGUAAAAUUUAUAAAACCCACAUCAUCAAGAGACGGCCUCUCUCUCUCUUCUCUGGUAGAAACCAUGACAAGCUCGUCCGCUCCAUCCCGCAAGGCUUUAAGCAAGAUCGCCUGUAACAGAUUGCAAAAAGAGCUCGCGGAAUGGCAGUUGAAUCCUCCAACAGGUUUCAAACACAAGGUCACUGAUAAUCUCCAACGAUGGGUGAUUGAAGUCAACGGUGCUCCGGGAACUCUAUAUGCAAAUGAAACUUAUCAGCUUCAGGUGGAUUUCCCUGAACAUUACCCUAUGGAAGCACCGCAGGUGAUUUUUCUCCCGCCAGCUCCUCUUCAUCCUCACAUCUAUAGCAACGGACAUAUCUGUUUAGAUAUUCUAUAUGAUUCGUGGUCCCCAGCUAUGACCGUGAGUUCUAUCUGUAUCAGCAUUCUCUCCAUGUUGUCAAGUGCAACUGUGAAGCAACGGCCUGUUGAUAAUGAUCGAUAUGUGAAGAACUGUAAGAGUGGCAGAUCUCCGAAAGAGACGAGAUGGUGGUUCCAUGAUGAUAAAGUGUAAUCAUUAUCUAACAAGCAUCCAUCACCUGUGUAUGAAGAGAUAUAUUUCCUAUUUUAUCAUGGGUAAUGGGAAAGGGGGCCAAGCAAGCAAGGCCGUGACCCCCAAAAGCUAUGUUAAUGAGUUUCCUGUUGACCCUUGCUGUGGAUCAUGUGCAUUGUAGUUUUCUUUGAACUUGCUCACUUUCCUAAUGGAAUGUGUCUUUAGCAAUUUAUACUUAUCAAUAGGAUAAAGAAAAACUUAAAAAUUUUAAGAUAUUUCUUGUGUCUGAACUUUAUGCAUAUCCUAGAAAUUUCAAGUCAGUCAAGUACAUUAUCAAA